AUGUAUACCUGUUUGUGUGAGGCCAACGAGAGCUCUCAGAAGCCUCCCCCACAAGCAGAGAGAGACUACUGGAGUUACCAGCAAAUACUGGUGUGCAGAUACAGCAAGCUCUCGUUGGUCUUGCUCGAAUGCGCAUACGUGAAUGCAGCUCCCACACACCGUUUGCUUCAAUGUUUGGGAAAUGAGUGCAACGCUCUCUGGACUUUAAAACUUCACCCGACUUUCCAUUGGCAUGAGGCCUCCAUUCCAUUCUUUGCGUGUGAGUUGAAGGCAGUGACUCCGUACAAGCGAGGCUUCUUCUGUGGAGACUCCAGCAUCACCUAUCCUCACAAGGACAAAGAGGCCAUCCCUGACAGCCUGCUCAUUGGUGGUGGUAUAGCCAUCACUGGUCUAACAAUUGCGCUGGGGGAAUGCUACCGGGUACGGUUCCGAGGUGUACACUCGCGGGCUUUUGUCCGAAACUGCUAUAUUUCGUGCCUGUACAAGGAGCUGGGAAGCUUCCUGUUUGGUUGCUGUGUGGGUCAGUCUCUCACCAAUAUGGCCAAGCUAAGCGUGGGACGCCUGCGACCUAACUUCCUGUCUGUCUGUAACAUCACCUACGCGUCCAUCAACUGCACUCCAGGCAGCUACGUGCCAAAGGUCACCUGCAGGGCGACUAAUCAGAAGAUGGUGGAGGAGGCAAGGAAGUCUUUUUUUUCCGGCCACGCUUCCUUUGCAAUGUACACCAUGCUCUACUUGGCAUUCUACCUGCAGGCGCGGUUGUCGUGGCGAGGAGCUCGGUUGUUACGCCCACUAAUACAGUUCCUCUUAGUGAUGAUUGCUAUCUACACCGGCCUGAGCCGCAUCUCUGACUACCGUCACCAUCCAACUGACGUCCUCACAGGAUUUAUCCAAGGAGGACUGACUGCUUACUGGGUGGCUUUCUACAUCUCCUCCAUGUUUAAGCCCUGCACCCGUCCAGACCUGUCUCCCACAAGCAUGUCCCUGGAGAGUCCACUGUCCAGCCAGCAAACUGUCUGUUAGCACGCACAUGGCAAUCACUCCAGGAGUCGAGAGACAAGAGAAGAUGGACUGCAGAAAGACAGGGAGAAUGUCAAGACAGCACAGUUCUGGAGCAGAGAGAAAAGUCUUAAAGAAAGGGAAUCAUUCUAAGAGAAGGAUACGAUGAAAGAGUACAAUCUAACACAUGCUUGCUCUUUCAGGGCAUACUGAUACAUUCACACAGUAAUCUAAUGUUCACACACUCACACAUGUGAAACACAAGAAGCACAUUGACUGUAAGUCAAACCCGUCCAGUGAAAAGAACUGCAUAGCAAUAUUACAGAUAUUUUUUUAUAUAUGAAAAACAAAUCUCUAUUUUUCAAGAGGAUUUAUAGAAGCUGCUAAUGUUGAUAGUUUUCUUCUGUGAUGGAGGCAUUUGGUCAGUGCAUUUAGUUAGCUUUCAAAGCACAAGUGGUCACUCUUUGGUCUUUGGUGAGAGAGGAGAAAAAGCCAGACUCCUCUUUGUUUUUGAUCUUCUGCUCAGUUUGGAAAACGUCACCCUGCAGCUGUGAACUGAGACCAUUAGACCUCAGAUGUAAAGACAGCUCUGUGCCGAGUGAUAAGGAACCGGCAGUGGCUUCAACUUCUAACCAACUUUACCCUCUGAUGUGCCACUGCUCUAAUCAGACUGCCCUGCAUCACUAUGACUAAACAAUAACCUGUAUGUAAGCAAAGAAAAAAAAACAGUAUUUGAGCUGUAAUACAACGUUAUCUUUCUUUCUGUGUAACCAAGGUGGUGAUGGGGAGGAAUCUGACCCUCCUCAGCACUACCACUUUUCUCUACUAACCACUUUGACUGUGUCUCAGAGGUGGAGGUUUGACUGAAUUUUGUAACCUUUGACCUUUCGCCCCACCGGACUCCAAUCUCUGAGCUGCACCUUGAUUUAUGCCACUCUGACAGGAGCGCCGAUGUGGCUGCAACCCCAGCAGCCCCUCUGUGCAUCUUUAUUAAUAGCACUUGAACGUACGUAAUGGAACCCUCUAAUAAUAAUCAAUAUUAUAUAUUUUAUCACAUGUUUGAAUAAUCAGUGUUUAUUUUUGUUAAUGUCAAACUCAUACACUAUUUUUUUCUUGAAAUGAUAAUUAUUCAAAUUGAAUGUAAAUAGCUGUCAUUUUAUAAACCACACAGAAUUUCAUAAGUAUUAGUUCCAGUUUUUGGACAGUUUUUACAUGUUUAUUAAGUGUUUGUAUUUACGUUUGUGUCAAUCAGGUACGGAGAGUUACUAUUGUAUCUGUUGUAACUACUAGACUGAGCCACAGAUAUUAUCAGAAAGCUAUAUUUUUUGUUCCCAAUUAUUGUUAUUUGUUCGUUUUGUCUGUGAACGCCAGAAAGGGCAGAAAUAACCACUGUACUCAAAAAACCAAACCAAUAAAAUGAAUGUUGAAUGUUU